UAUGCUUUGAUACUUCUAAAAUUUAGGGAUUGUGGAUGAUGCUACUCCUGCUAGGCUUGGCGCUCGUCGAGGCGCUGAGCGCGCCGAUUCCUAGGUUUGAGGAGCGCGCAGCUCUCAAGGAGGAUGUCCGAAAUAUGUUCCAUCACGCCUACGACAACUACAUGAAAUACGCCUUCCCGCACGACGAGCUCAAGCCGCUCAGCUUGAGUUAUACUGAUUCGCUAGAGGAGCUUGGAAAUCUUAAGCUUGAGCGUCUCUCAGAGACUUACAGUGGAUCGGCUUUGACACUCGUGGAAUCCUUGUCAAGCUUGGCAGUCAUGAAGAACAGCAGCGAGUUUGAGAAGGGAGUUUUGUGGCUCGCCGAGAAUUUAUCCUUCGACGUUGAUGUCCGCGUGAACGUUUUCGAGUGUAAUAUCAGGUUACUAGGGGGAUUAAUUUCUGCACACUUCCUAGCCAAAGAUUCGAGAAAACAAUUGAUGUCAAAUGGAUACAAUGAUCAGUUGCUUAUGCUUGCAGAGGACUUGGGACUGCGGUUGCUGCCAGCUUUUGACACGCCCACUGGAAUUCCAUACGCUUGGAUCAAUCUGAAGACCGGAGUGCACCCAAACGAGACGACCGAGACAAGCACUUCCGGGUGUGGCUCGUUGGUUUUGGAGAUGGGAGCGUUGUCCCGCCUAACUGGCAAUCCACAGUUUGAGAAUUUAGCUUUGCGAGCUCUUCGCAAACUGUGGAGUAUGCGCAGUGAACUCAACUUACUGGGAACGAACCUUGACAUAAAUACUGGACGGUGGACUGAGUACUCUUCAGGCAUUGGUGCUGGUAUCGACUCCUUCUAUGAAUAUCUGGUAAAAGCCUACAUUCUUUUCGGAGGCGAAGAAUACUGGGAUAUGUUUCAGGACGCUUACCGAGCUGUCCAACAACACUAUAGAUAUGGUUCCUGGUAUCAUGACGCUGAUAUGAGAACUGGGAAAGCUACAUACUGGCAGUUCACGAGUCUGCAAGCAUUUUGGCCUGGACUACAGGUUUUGAUAGGUGAUAUUGCCGCUGCAAACGCUACCCAUAGAGAAUUUCUCCGCUUGUGGGAGAUGUUUGGUAUAUUUCCUGAAAGAUACUUACUUGAUGCCGGAAAAGUCCACCCCACAGAAAGAUACUAUCCACUUCGUCCAGAGUUGGCCGAGUCCACAUUUUUUUUAUACCAAGCUACAAAAGAUCCUUGGUAUUUGGACGUGGGAAAGAAAAUCAUGAACUCUAUCAAUGUGUUUAGCCGCGUCCCCGGAGGCUUUGCUAGCGUCAGAGAUGUCAUGACUAUGAAACUAGAAGACCAUCAACAUAGUUUUUUCUUAUCAGAGACGUGCAAAUACUUGUAUUUGCUAUUUGAUGACAGCUUCUUGGAUGGCGAGAACCAUGUUUUCUCCACCGAGGGCCAUCUCUUCCCUGUCAACCAGUCGUGGCAGCAACAGCCCCGUCCCAAGAUAUUGUCAAGGCUACGACUAUUUUCAAGGCAAAAGCCCAUAGACACCAGCGCUCUCGCAUCAAAGACAUGUCCUCGCUUGAGCAGAGGAAGUGUGGAAUCGGCAUGCCACAUCCCAGACACUCGCGCUGACCACCGAUGCGUUUCAAGGUCGGACUGUGGCGUAGACGCGACUACUUGCGCGAAGAGGUCGUGUAGUUUUGCCGGUUAUUGCUCGUGACAAGAUCACCAAAAAAAAGCAUAUAGAAAUUAAUUUUUCUUCCCCAGAAAAAAUAAGAAUUAUUGACAAUCCCAGAAUUGUCGGUCAUA